AAAGUCAAUUGACUUAUUUAUCAGUUACAGUUAGUGCUUAACCUCAACGUUGACGAGUAAGGAUUUAACCGGUCUUUCACAUUUUCAAAAUGUUGACAUUAGAGGAAGAAGUUGAAUUAAAACUUCCUCCAAAAAUCGGAGACUUCAGUAGUAUCAGUAGUGGUGAAUUUAACUUUAGCGAAAACUUCACGAAUAUUUUAGUACAAUCUACCGAGACUGAAGGAGGAAAACUGAAUGUUCCUGAUCCUGAAUAUGAACAGUUUUUGGCUGAUGUUUGGGUCGGAAUCGUAUUGACACUUAUGGUGCUUAGUUGUGUAUGUUUUAUGUGUUCUUGUUUGAUUUAUCACAAGUUUCAGCAGUGGAAAACGCGAGUUAUAGAAGCGCGAAACGCUGGCAACAUAGAAACCGGACUACCGGAAUCGGAACUACCAAGUUACACAAUAGCAUCAGGCCUACCAACAUACGAGGAAGCGUUGCAGCAGCUCCACCGGGUCAAGGACCCUCCGCUUCCUGCCAAAACGGUAGACGUCGCGGACUGGACGCCGCAGACACCUCCGACGCCCGUCACGCCCGCUAGCAUGAACGUCGUGAAGUUCUUCCAGGGAUGUACCAACGACAACGCGGAUUCCGCCAAAGCGACAUGAAGUUAGUUAGACUUGAACUUGAAAUUUGAAAGGAUUUUUUUUAAUUUUGUGGUUUCGAGCGAAGGAGAUUUAGUUGAGUCUGACGGAUUUUUCAAGUCGCCGAGAUUGUGCAGUGGUUUGAAACGGAUACGAUGGAUUGUUUUGCUAUAAAAAUUGCUCUGUCAUGGACUUAAAAUUAGUUUGGAACUGUAAUAUAGUUUAAGAACAACGAAAUGAGCAGAAAAUAUGAAUUUCUUGAUUAGUAAAAUUCAGUUGGCCCUGGUUUUUAAUUUUGAUAGAAAUAAUGAUACACUGAGGUGCAAAAAAAUCGAUCCACUGAAAAUUUGGUCAUUUUUGAUGUCUCGAAUUUCCUAAACCUGUUGUCCGAUUAGGGUGAUUUUUUUACCAUGUUAUAGCCUUAUUCAUUAUCAAUAUCGCUGAAAUAAUAUUGUUGCUAGACAGGUAAACUGUCAUUGUAUACCGGUGUACGAAUCAAACUGUGUUUUUUUCUCAAAGUUCGCAUCACCCUGUGGACUAUUCUAGAGUUUAUAAAAUACUGAAAUUAAAAACUAACUAUAGCCUCAGCUUUUCUUAACAUUCUGUUGUUAGAUCCAUUCGCUUAUGUUGGAUAAUAAAAAAGUUACGUACUUUAACAACUGGCCAUGUUCGUCAUCAGUACAGGGUGUUUCGAAAUAAGUGCGGCAAACUUUAAGGGGUAAUUUUACACAUAAAAAUAAUGACAGUUUGUUUUAUAAUAUGUCCGCAAACGCUUCCUUUCCGAGAUACAGGAUGUUUAAUUUUUUUUUUACAAACUGACGAUUUAUUUAUUGCUUUAAAACCAGUUGAGAUAUGCAAAUCAAAUUUGGUGGGUUUUAAAAGGUAGUUAUUGCACAUUUUUUGACAUACAAUUAAGAAUUUAAUAUUUACCAUUAACGCGCCAACGGGUAUUAUGACCGAUCAUAUUACCCGAUCAUGCAGGCCAAUGGUAAAUAUAAAAUUCUUAAUAAUUGUAUGUCAAAAAAUGUGCAAUUACUACGUCUUAAAACCCACCAAAUCUGAUUUGCAUAUCUUAACUGGUUUUAAAGCAAUAAAUAAAUCAUCAAUUUGUAAAAAAAAUUGAACAUCACCUAUCUCGAAAACGAAGCGUUUGCGGACAUAUGAUUAUAAAGUAAACUGUCAUUUUCUCAUGUAAAAUUACCCCUUAAAGUUUGUCGCACUUAUUUAGAAACACCCUGUACUGAUGACGAACAUGGCCAGUUGUUAAAGUACCUAACUUUUUUGUUAUCCAACAUAAGCGAAUGAAUCUAAAAACAGAAUGUUAAUAAAACCUGAGGCUAUAUAGACAACAGGUUUAGGAAAUUAGAGACGUCAAAAAUGACCAAAUUUUCAGUGGAUCGAUUUUUUUGCACCCGAGUGUACAUAAACAAUACUACUUAUAGUCCGGGCAGCACCUGUUUUGAAUUGCAAAAUUUGCAUAGGGGUCUAUUUUUUGCUUGAAUCACUUCAGGAUGUAUUAACAAUCACGAUAUGCGACAGUCGGAAACCAUGUGCUUAAUUUUUUAUUUAACAAAAUCUGAAAAAAUUGCAAACAUUUUUGCACAUCUGAAAAACAUUUUUGCUUUUGCCCCUAUAUCUUUGCUUGUAACUCGGGUGAUAUGGUUCCUAUAAAAAAUUAUACAAGGUAAAAGUUUCACAAAAAGUGAAUCGGUGUGUUUAAAAUCACAACGCGCCUCAAAAAUUGCCCUUUCUUGACUUACUCUCAUCCGAUUUUGAAAUAUUUUUUUAAUUAUGUCUCGGGCGACAAGGGUUUCAAAUAUUUUCAAACACUUAUUGUUAUUGCAAAACUUGCAAAUUAUAUAAUCAUAUCUUACCAUACUUGGAAUCCUUGUCGACCGAGAAGUCGAUUAAAAAUAAGAUUAAAAUCGGAUGACAAAAAACAGAAAAAAUGCAAUUUUUGGAGCGCGUUGUGUUUUUAAAUUCGACGAUUUAUGUUUUGCUUUGUGUGCUGGGGGCUACCCCCCUCACCAUAAUUUUAAAAAAUUCCGUAGGCUCUUCUAGUUGACCGAUUUCUUUUUCAAAAUCCGUUGGAAAUCUUGAGCCAGCCUAUCUUUAUCUGUAAAAAAUUUACAAUAUAUAAAGUGCUUAUUUUCGGAUCCAGCGAAUUUUGCAAAUUUGUACUUUUUUUACAGACUCUGGAUUGCAAAAUAAUUAAGCAAAAACUCUUAAACUGACCCAACGAAAUUUAUCACACGUUUCAGUCGUAUUAUAUAGUUUUCCUAGGCGGAACAUGAAGGCCUUAAGUUAUGCUUAAGGGGUCGAAAAAAUUUAAAGGAGAAACUUCAUUUUUUGCACUAUUUUUCCAAUUACCUAUUGUUAUUUUUUAAACGAUAAACAUUAAAUAUUCAAAUUCUGGUCAGGUGUUAUGUAAAACUGAAAAACGAAAAUUUUUCCUAACGAAAAGUAAUUUUUUGUAGAAACAAUAUCUUUCGAGUUAUAGAUCAAAAUAUGGACACAAAAAGCAAAAAUUUUCCAUUUUUUUUUUUUUCAGAUUUUAAUAAAAUGAAGCAGAAGGUUUGCGAAUGGCUCAUAUCGUGAUUAAUUGAUACAAGGUACAUACAUACUGAACUGAUUCCAGCAAAAAAGUAUAUUCAUUUCUAGAUAACAAGAUAUUUCCGUAAUUUGAGCUGAGUUACAUAGAUUCUUUAUGAUUCGAAUGAAAAGGGAUGAUUCGAAUUACCUGAUUAUUAUUAUUGCAAAUGACUUAUUGCUCCACUAUAGUAAGAUAUUUAUGGCUCCUUUGCCAUGCGUUUCGUCGAUAGUUUAUUUUGUAUAAUCUGUAAAAAGAGUACACAGUAUAUUCAGUACAUUUGAGUAUACUGUAUUAUACUCAAAGAAUUUUAAAAAUAAUUUUUUGCUUAUUUCGUUGAUUGCCCAACAUGAUUAUUGUAAAUAGCAAUGUGACAGAUUUAGAAAAUAAUCUUUGUUUGAAAUUAAAAAUUUUGUAGAACAACAUCACUAUAUAUUUUUUAAAUACAGUAAGAACAAAAUUUUCCUGGUACGUUUGCGCAAGAAAUGUAAAAACCAAGUUUAUUCUUGGCGCGUGAAAUUUAAUUCUUUAUACACUCAAAAUAAGUAAAAAAUUUUUAAAUAUACUGACUCCAAAUAAAUAAGAAAAGCUUUAAAAUCCGUAUAAUUAUUUUUACAUUAAUAGACUUGCAUCUGUUUUGAGAUCGUUGAGAGGUGACUCAAAUUUUUUUUGCAGAAAUUGCUUGAACAUAACUCGGAUAAUUUUAUUUGAGUUAUCCUCCCACUCAAAAUGGUCCGGAACACUGUUUAAAUAAUCAAAAUGUCAAAAUAUGAAGGAAAAAUUCGAUUUUUUUAUUGGUUUUUUGGUUUUUUGAAUAUAACUUUAAAACUAUUCAUUUCUGAGAAAAGUUGUACUGACAUAAAAGUUGCGUAAUUAAAUUUCCUACAAUAUAGAGUUGGUUAAAAAUUUAAAAAAUAGUCACCCUUGUUGCAAAAUAGCAAUAAUUUCGAUAAAAAAAAACAUACAAAAACAAGUAUUUGCAUUUUACGUUUUUCAACCAUUUAUGCUACACUUAGGACCUUAAUAUUUUACCCAGAAAAACUUUAUGAUAUAGUAAAACCACAUUGUAAAUUUUAUUAAGAUCGGUUUAAUAGCUUUUGCAAAAUAAAUUUUGCAAUCCAGCUUUCGCAAAAAAAAAAUUCAUUUUUGUGAAUUGUUGCAGGACUGAAAAUAAAGCAGAUAGCAAGUUGAAUUUUUUUUGCUUAUAGAAGUGUACUGUACCUUUCAUUUGCAAUUUGCAAAAUUAAAAUCGAUUAAUUACCACGGCGUGAGGAAAUUUUUUAAAUAAACACUGGCGGUGUUCGAUUCACACAAGUUGAUUUCCACCAAAAUUUCUUCCAAACUUUAUCUAAUAUAUUAUUUUCUUACUCUAUAUUUUGUUGUAUUUUAAUAUUUUAAUUCCACAAAAAUCAAACUAAUUUUAUUAUUGUUUGUGAAAUAUUGUUUAAACAAUUGCAUAUAUUUAAAAAUAAUAAACUUUUAUUCUCUAAGUUAAAAUAUAUGAACAAAGAAAGUUUUUGCUAAAAAAAGUGUUAUUUCAAAGGAUAGAGUAUGUGUUUUUAUUUUGCAAUAAACCAAUUUAUUUAUUUAUAUCGAAAUGUAAUAAAAAUUAAAAUGUAUCAAUCAUUAUCAAAGGUCAUUGGAAUGCCCAAUCAGAGCAAACUAUCCGCUGUCCUGCCCGUAGCACCAAUAAUUAAUGUUAAUUUAAAAAAUUCCUGACGCCGUGGUAGUUAAUUGAUUUUAGUUUUGCAAAUUGCAAAUGAAAGGUACAGUAUAUUUCUAUAUGCAAAAAGAAUUUCAACUUGCUAUCUGCUUUUUUUUCAGUCCUGUAACAUUUUGAAAAAAUGAAUUUUUUUUGCGAAAGCUGGAUUUCAAAAUUUAUUUUGCAAAAUCUAUUGAACCGAUCUUACUGAAAUUGGCAGUGUUAUUUUACUGUAUCAUGAUGUUUUUCUGGGUGAAAUAUGAAGGUCCUAAGUGUAGCAUAAAUGGUUGAAAAACGUAAAAUGCGAAUACUUGUUUUUGUAUGGUUUUUUCGCAAUUAUUGCUAUUUUGCAACAAGGGUGAUAUGACUAUUUUUUAAAUUUUUAGCUAAUUCUAUAUUGUAGGAAAUUUAAUUUCGAAACUUUUAUGUCAGUACCACUUUUCUCGGAAAUGAAUAGUUUUAAAGUUAUAAUCAAAAAACGAAGAAAAAAAUCGAAUUUUUCCUUCAUUUUUUGAUAUUUUUAUUAUUUAAACAAUGUUCCGGACCUUUUUGAGAGGGAGGAUAACUCAAAUAAUAUUUGAGUUAUUUUCAAACAAUUUCUGCAAAAAAAUUUGAGUCACCUCCCAACGUCCAAAUGUACUAAUAUUUUUACCGAUGCGCCCUGCUGUAUAAAUAAAACAUUCAUAAUUAAUAGGAAAUACUUAUCAUUUAUUUCUCAUCUAUUCCUAAUGUUCUUCAUCUUAUUCUUCGCCGAUAAUAUUUUUCUUUUGCCAUAUUGUAUUAUUUAGACAUCUCUCCAUUUAUCCUAGCAUUAUUUCAUCUGUAUAACACAAAAUUAUAAUCUCGUUUUUGCUCAAUUUAUUCUUCUUGUUUAUGUGCUAUAUUACGAUCAGGUGUUGCCAAUCACCAUGGAGAAGGCUUCAUUGUCCUUUUCCAUAUAAAGAAGGCUAUGCGAUUGUUUGAUUAGACUCUAUAAAUUUAUAAUUACCUUCUUCUUCUUCUUGAUGUGCUUACGGAUAACCACAUCAUUAUCUGGCAAUAUUUAUCUUGUUUGCAGCAGCUGGAAAAAGUAGCACAGAUGUUGUGCUGAACCAGCUUCUGGGGUUAUUUAACCAAGAUGGUCUUUUCUUCCUGGAUCAUAUCUGGCUCGUAGAAGAGCAUAUCUGAAUUUUGCCUAAUGUAUUCGAAAUAUUGUAGCUUUCGAGAUUUGAUGGUGGUCAGUACUUUUCGGUUCUUCGUUAUAAGGGACACGAAUUUAAUUUUUAGUAAGUACAUUAUUCUACAUUUCUUCUGUAGAAAUGUGAAAAAUACGUAAAAGGAAAUAAUUUUGUAUUUACUGAUCAGUUGUUUACGGCAAACUAUAUAGAUACAAACAUUUUAUCAAAAACCAUUAUAAUUAUAAUUGACCAUUAUUUUUCUAAAACUGUUUUGGAUGUCGGAUGUCGUAUCUAUAUAUAUUGCCAAUUUGAAUAAAAAUUUCCCACAUAAUUACAACUUUCAACAUAAUAGGUAAAAUUUUGACAUUAUUAUGAGUUUUACUGACGUAGGUAACUUAUUUUUCUAAUUAACAUUUAAUUGGAGUUACAGUGGUUUGUUCAAUGCAGAUUUUUUUACUAUACUAAAGUAAAAGUAAAGAUAAUUAGGUGUUGUUAAAUUUAACAGUUAGAUUUGACAUGCUACUCAUUAGCUAUUUUUUCAUGAAUUUCCUUAUCAAUUCAUUUAAGAUUAAACAUAUUUGGACUUGUUUUACCAAUUAUUUUCAUAUAUCUUUGUUGCAGACCAUUUUCUUUUCUUCUUUAUGCAAAAUUUGUAUGUUUUGAGUUUCAUUUUAGUAUAUCUCUAUCAUCAAAUUUUUUGGUUUUACUCUUCUUCUUCUUCUUCUUCUUCUUCUUCUUCUUCUAACGGUGCGUACCUUCUAACGAUGUUGGCGUCCACAUUGGUCCAUCUUAUUCUAUUCAAGAUAGCUUGAAAUAGACCAGUUUGCGGUAGAUCAGACCAUUUUCUAAGAUUGGCUUCAGGAUAUACAUCUGCGUCCAGAGCCUAUCUUAACCUAGAUCUUGUCUGGUAGAAUUAACUAGAGAAGUUGGUAUUUAUUAUUACAUAUAAUAAGGCCGAAGUAAGCCAAUAUUCUGUUCUUUAUGGUAUUAAUAAUUUUUUGUGGUCUCUUUGCCUCUGAAUAAUAGUUAUAUAAGUUGUGUGAUGUAUACCAUGUUAACAUACACGUCGGUAGCAUCACCUUUCAAAUGCCUCUAAUCGUUUUAUGGUAUCUUUUGUAAGACCCCAGAUGUUUUCAGAAUAUAAGAUAUGUUAAAUAAUGGUGGGGACAGCAUGCUACCUCGUCGAACUCCAUUUCGUACUCUGAAGACACCGGGCAGUUAAUUUUCAAAUCGUAUCUUUGCUUUUUGUUGAAGAUAUAAGUUUAAUAUUAGUCUUAUAACUGUACCAUUAAGUCCUGAUAUUUUUAGGUGAUUUGUUAUAGCUUUAAAAUUUCACCAUGCACUUCGUCAGGUCCUGGUGAUUUCUCAUCUUUAAUUCACUCAAUUGCCUUAGUUACUUUUUCGUUUGUUAUUGCUGGGCUGUAAGGAUUAUCUAUUUUAGUCGGUUUUCUUAAAUAUCUUCGAAUAAUACUACACGGUUUCUUUCUUCUUCUUCUUCAAGUGCCAUCUUCGUUCCAAAGGUUGGCGAUCAUCAGGGCUAUACGUAUUUUCGAAACUGCUGACCGAAACAAUUCGUCGUUGCUACAGCUAUACCAUUCCUGUAGAUUCUUUAGCCAGGAGUUUCGUUUUCUUCCUAUGGACCUUUCUCCUGCUAUCUUCCCCUGCAUAAUUAUUCGAAGCGGUUCAUAUCUUUCGCCUCUUGUAAUGUGUCCCGAAUAUUGCAGUUUUCGUUUUUUGAUCGUAAAUAUGACUUCCUUUUCUUUAUUCAUUCUUCUCAAGACCUCGACGUUUGUGACUCUCUCCGUACAUGAUAUUCUCAAGGUUCUGCGAUACAUCCACAGUUCAAAUGCCUCUAAUUUUUUGGGUAUCAAUGUUUUUUAGCGUCCAUAACUCCAUUCCGUAGAAUAACAUAGAAAGGACGUAACAUCUCAUCAGGCGAAGUUUCAUUUCAAGGCUCAAAUCUCUUCCACAGAACACUCUCUUCAUUUUAGUGAAUAUGGAUCUGGCUUUUUCUAUUCUAAUUUUGAUUUCUGCUGAGCUAUCGUUGUCUUCAUUUAUUAAAGUGCCUAAAUAUUUGUAUUUGCUAACUCGAUCGAUAAUUUCAUUGUCUAAAUAUAAAUUUUUACUUUUCUUGUUGAUUUCGAUAUUACCAUAAAUUUAGUUUUCUUUAUGUUCAAAGAUAGUCAGUACAUAUUCUUCGCUGCAGUCUGCUAUCUUAUUCACCAAUGUCUGUAGCUCUUUAAGUGUUUCUGCGAUCAGAACGGUGUCGUCGGCAAAUCUCGGAUUGUUUAAUCUAACACCAUUUAUUUUAAUACCUAUGGAUUGCUCAGAGAGUGUUCUAUUCAUUGCGUCUUCGGAAUAGAGAUUAAACAGGGUUGGUGACAGUAUACACCCUCGCUUUAUUUCAAUUUCUUCAGUGGUAUUAGUCUCUACUCUCACUACUGCUACGGUUUCUUUCCAUCUUCUCAAUUCAUCUUCAACUGUAAUCAAAAUCUGGACUUGGGUGUCUACAAUCUAUAUUACGUUGUUUUCGGGUAUUCUGUACCUCUGUAGUCUUUUCGUGCAUAUGGAGAUCGUCAUGUUUGCGUCAUAGUGCUUCAAUUUUUAUACAUUAUUCCAUCAGCCAAGCUACUAUUCAAAUUUCUAUUUUUCAGUUUUGUUCGGUAGAGACAUUUUAUCAAAUAGAUACUUUAAACUGUAGUCAUACAAAAAAGUCAUAAACAAAUGUUAUUAGAAAUAUUUUGAACUUACUUUAAAACUCAUACUAAGUCUUCAAUCGUUCCUUUUACUUAGUGUAUGUAAGUAUAAAUAGUUCUACUUCAUUCAAAAUUAUAGUUUAAACAUGUUAAAUUUCCACAAAUAUUAACAAUUAUUGGUUGUAAAAAGUGAGCUAUAAUUCAUAAAAUAAGCACGUGUUUAUUUGAUAUGGUGUCACAACAGUGGGACAUUUAUAUUUAAAGUAAACUUUUCAUAGAUAUCAGCUAUUGGUCGCCUUUUCACAGCCCAUUCUUAGUGCGCAAAAUAAAUGGUCAAGUUUUUUUCAAUUUUUCAUUCCACUAUAGUUAGAUAUCUGUGAUUUUAUUAGGAUCAUCUAUUUUAUAUACAAUCUAGUCAAUACUAUAAUCAUAAUCACCUCGACCUUGUCUCAAGUACUUCUUAUUCGUCAGUCGAUGCUGUCAACUGCCAAACGUUUCCAAUUUGCAACGUUAAUCUUUCUGGCAGCCUCGUCUACACCAUUCUUCCGCCUCAAUUUUGGCCUGUUCCCACUUUUACUUCUCAUAGGUUGACUGAGAGGCAAGCAAGCAAGCAAUUUGAUUAAACCCGACCUGUGGGAGUGAUGUCCAUGCCCCAUUCAAAUAGUGAAGCAAGAUUGACACCAACAUACAACAGAGAGGUCCUAGAGAGAGACAGACAAGGUGUUGGAGAAUUUAACAGGCCGUGUAAUUUGAGUUGCCUAUAUAAAUGGACCCGAUUGAAUCAGUAUUUACAGUUCGUUGAAUAUUUUAACUUAUAUUUUAACUUGGCUAAGGCCUAAUGCUGAUUGGCAGUACAUAUUUCAAAAUUUAACCACUUUUUUGUAUUUAGGGGAUAAA